CAGGAACGUUUUGAGACACCACAGAACUAAAUUAUUUGAACCAUCUUCCUCUCUCUCUUUCUCUCUCUCCCCACUUCUUCCCUCUCCUUUGCUUUUGCUCCUCUCCAAAUUUUCGCUCUUUUGGUGUUCUAAACCCAAAUUGUAGAGAGAAUAAUGACGAAACGUGAUCUUCACAACGAAGAAGGCGCUGAGCACAGGCCCAAAAAAAAGGCAAAGAGUGAAAAGCGUAAGGGGGGAAAAUCUGUGAAAUCUAAAUCAAGUGCCGAAAAGGAUGCUUCCUACAUUCAGUCUUCUGCAUUGAGCGAUAUCCCUCAAUCUGAAGUCGAGAAGUUCCUUACAGAAAACUCUAUUAAGAUAACAGAUACAUUACCUGAGAGCAUAAUCCGUCCGAUUAUCUCAUUUACUCACCUUCCUUCCUGCAAAGAUGACCUCUAUGCACCCUUGAAUUCAUUCAAAUCACCAACUCCCAUUCAGUCCGCAACCUGGCCGCUGUUGUUCGCUGGCCGUGAUGUUAUCGGCAUCGCAGAAACUGGAAGUGGCAAGACACUUGCGUUCGGGUUGCCAUGCCUGAAGAGAAUACAGGAUUCUACAAAGAGCAAACAAAAGCCUUACCGCCCCUUGGCAGUAAUCAUCUCCCCAACCAGAGAGCUAGCGAUGCAGAUAUACGAUCAACUGUUGAAGUUUGCUAGAUCCGUGGGCGUCAAAGUGGCUUGCGUAUUCGGCGGCGUGAGAAAGGAGGAGCAGCGGGAAGCUCUGAGAACCGCAGAAGUUGUUGUGGCGACUCCUGGUAGGUUGAAAGAUCUCCAAAAUGAUGGCUCGGUAGACCUAGGGAAAGUGAAAUACCUUGUCUUGGACGAGGCGGAUCGCAUGCUAGACAAGGGGUUUGAACAGGAUAUCAAGGAUAUCAUUGACCCCAUGCCGGUAUCCAAGCGUCAGACUGUCAUGUUCACUGCAACUUGGCCUCCAAGUGUCAGGGACCUGGCAUCAACAUUUAUGUCCUCGCCUGUGACUGUCACCAUUGGUGGGGAUCCAUCUGCAGACCCACGUGCGAACACCAGAAUCAAGCAGGUUGUGGAGGUUGUCAAGCCUCAUGAAAAAGAGCCCAGACUGAUCCAGCUGUUGAAUCGCUCCCAGCGAGGCGUUCCUGACCCAGAAAAAGUUCUAGCUUUCUGUUUAUACAAAAAAGAAGCUGUGCGGAUUGAGAGACUUCUCCGCGCUAAGGGUUUUAGAGUCGCUGGUAUACACGGGGAUUUGAAUCAACAAGAGCGGUUCCGAAGUCUAGAGGCCUUCAAAACAGGGGCUGCUACUGUCCUCGUCGCUACCGAUGUGGCAGCCCGUGGACUUGACAUACCUUCGGUUAAACAGGUUAUUAAUGUUACAUUCCCCCUUACAGUUGAAGAUUAUGUACACAGAAUUGGGCGAACUGGUCGUGCGGGAGCCGAAGGCUAUGCUGUAACCCUAUUCACUGAAGUAGACAAAGCUCAGUCUGGCGCAUUGAUCAAUGUUCUGAGAGCAGCAAAACAGGAUAUACCAGAGGAUCUCCUUAAGUUUGGAACAACUGUUAAAAAGAAGCAACAUGAUGCAUAUGGUGCAUUCUUCAAGAAUGUCGACACUGACAAAACAGCCACCAAGAUUGUGUUUGAUGAUUAGUUCUGCAAAUUAUUCCAUCUUUGUUGUCUUACUCCUAGACUUCGACUUGAAUAUCCGGCGGACUUUUGUGUAUUG